AUGUUCCCGGUCAUGGACAUCGAAUCAGACAUUGCGAAUUGGAUUCUCGAGUUCCUCCUCCGGCAGCCGCUCGAGGGACGUACUCUGACCUCCCUCCUCCGCGUUCUCCCCCUCGCAAACGACGAAACUCACCUGAAAAAGAUGAUCUUGCUGCGGAAAAUCGAGUCCGAGGUAUCGCAUAAUUCAGUCUCCGAAGGCAUUCUUGAAUUGUUCGAGCAGUUGGAGGAAUUGGAGUUUCGAAAUGGGAAUGAGACGGUUUCGGACGCCAUGAAGCGCGCGUACUGCGCCGUGGCCGUGGAGUGCACGGUGAAGCUCCUGGCGAACAGAGGCGACAGGGAUAAUGCCGGCAAGUUCAAUUUUUUCGAGGCCGUUAAGAGGGUUUGGAGGGGCAGAAUCGGGAGGAUGGAGAAGAUGGCGGAGAAAGGAGGAUUGGGCUCGGACGAGCUUUCGGACUGGAAAGACGAGAUCGAGGCUGCCGUGUGGGAAGAUAGCGUCUGUGAUGGUGUUGUGAAGAAGAGUGCGGAGUUUAAUGGGGUUGAGGCUGUUAGAGCUUAUUUGAGGGAGGAAAGAGAGAAAAUGGGUCCCUCAUUUCUCGAGCUUGUGGCUGAGGGUGUUAAGAAUGGUGUGGUUUUUCAGGGGGUUUUGGGCAGGGACAAUGGUGGUCUGAUAGUAGCUGAGAAGGAGGGUCGUGCUGGUGACGUAAGUAAUGUUGGCAAUGAGAUGCAAAAGAAAAGAAUUAAACUCAGGGAUAAGCUCGUUGGUUUGCGACGUUCUAGAGGAUUGCUGUCUCGCAGUUCAAGAGGAGCCAAAAUUGUUGAAUCUGAUGAGAAUAUAUCAGGCCCUUCCUUCAGAAAUUACAAUAUGCCAUCGAGUGCAGAGAUUAAUAGAGUUCGGGAAGCAGUUGUGAAGGAUCCCCUUCCGGAUGCAUUACAGUUUGCGGAAAGAAUCUCUGGUGACUCGAUAAAAGACAAAAAUGAUGAACCCGGUACAGAAAAUAAUCUUUUUCGGCCCAAUCCGUUCAUUGUGGAUGGUGGUGGAAAUGUUCAAGGAAAUAUCCCGAAUGUGAAUAAUGCACCUAAGCCGAGUUUGAUGGAACGGAACAUUACUGUGCAUACCUUUGAGUGGGAAGAAUCGAUUGAUGGAUCACAAGAAGACCAAUCUUCUAGACACAUGCUUGUGUUACAUAGCCCAAAAAUUAUAAACGUGUCUCCUCUAGACAGAUACGGGGAUAAAAACUUGAAGAGAAGGAGGAGAGGUCGAAAAUGGAGUCUUGCGGAGGAAGACACGUUGAGGACUGGAGUACAAAAGUAUGGCAAAGGAAACUGGAAGGUCAUUCUUACUGUGUACCGUGAGGAAUUUGACGGUAGAACUGAAGUUGAUUUGAAGGACAAGUGGAGGAACUUGACGCGCCAUAGGUAA